AUGCCCUCAGCCCGGAUCUUGGCGCUGCUCACCUGCCUGUGGCUCCUCCUGGUCCCGGUGCGGUGCUGCGGACCUGGCCGGGGGCCGGUGGGCCGGAGACGUUACCUGAGGAAGUUGGUGCCCCUUCGCUACAAGCAGUUCGUGCCCAACGUCCCCGAGAAGACCCUGGGGGCCAGCGGCAAGACCGAGGGCAAGAUCCACCGAGACUCCGACAGGUUCAGGGAGCUGGUCCACAACUACAACCCCGACAUCAUCUUCAAGGAUGAGGAGAAGACCAUGGCCGACCGGGUCAUGACUGAGGUAGGUGCCCGCCGGGGGGGAGAGCCACACUACCUACCCAGAGACUAG